AUGAAUUCAAUGACGAAGGACGUCCUGCUUGCUAGGACCCAGGAAGCGCUCAAUCGCAAUGAGUUCGAUGACAUCACCGCGGAGAUUCAAUUGUUCGAGAUGUACCUACAGUUCAUGUGGAAUGGCAAACAGACUGAGAUUCAGCUUCCACGGACCUUGGCGGACCAAGUCCAGCUUCAAAUCGAUAGAGCCCGAAGUAUCCGACCGCCGAACAGGAAACGGUCGCUGGAACGCAUGGAUGCAAGCAGCACGAAUGUCCGGAACCAAAGACCUCGCACCAGUGCUGCAGCCGACGAGAUUGAAGAAGUGGUCUGUCUGACCGACGACGAUUCGGACUCAUCACAAGGACCGAUAUCGGACCAACUCCUUGCCCUGGAGCGUAACACGAAAUUGCCUGACGCAAGAGCAUCUGCGGAAUGGCGAAGACUCGUCACUGAGCAUCAAGACUUCGUCCGCAUGAAUGCUCUCAAGUCAAUGCAGGGUUCCUACGUUAUAAAGUGCAGCGAGGUAGAGGAUCGCUGGCCUGAGCAUGCCGCAUCACUCACGCUUGACAUCGCGGAUAGUCACGGAUUGGAGCGCCGGGGCCUCCGUGGGCAUUCGGAUCUGGGUCCAAUUAGGGGCGAGUUGGUGCUUGCGACAAAUGCUACGAAGCUGGCUUGGUCCGAGGCAGCUAUGCGUUGCGCAGGCUUGCUCCCUGUCUACGAAGACACUCCCGACGCUGAGCUUCAGAGUACUAAUGAUCGUACGUACCUCGCGUUUAAGAUGAUCGUUGCCAGUGGCAGUAAACUUCGAGGCUUCACAGGGUCGGGCGAGCUGUUUUUCAACAAUGUGUCCUGCACGGCUUUCAGGGGAACAAUAUCAUUACCCUUGCAGCAGAACGCAGAACCCACUCAACUACACCUCGACGGUUACAAGAUCAGCGAUGUUGCUCGCAGAAGGCCGCCGCCAGAGUCCUUCAGCCUCUUCCGCCUCGAGAACGACAGUAGUGGUUGA